AUGGCGGAACACGUGAUUCGGUUUGAAAGGGGAUUGACAUUAGAACAAGCACUCGCGUUGAUCGAGGAUGAGUCAAUAGAAAAUGUGAGAGAAGUAGCAAUUUUUCCACCGAUAAAUGCAUGUACAGAAGUUUCAGAUGAAGAUUCAGGUAAAGAAGAUUUCUUGGAUUUGAACAAUUUGCCUGGUGCCCAAUUACAAGCACCUGCGGAAAUACAAACAGAAAGUACUGACGAAUAUUCCUCUGAAGAUAAUUUACCUCUUUCUAUAUGGAAAAGAACUUGUCAAAAUAAUAGAAAGAAAACUAACCCCAAAAAGAAGAAAAUUUAUAAUUGGGUAAAAGAAGACCUUAUUCUUCCUUCGAUUGCUAAUUCUGAUAUGAAUCUGAAAUAUCAAAGUUCAAGUUUUCCUGUGGUGCAAUUUUGCCGGUUUUUUGAUGAUGAGGUUCUUGAUUUGAUUGUGAAUGAAAGUAAUAGAUAUGCCGCUCAAAUAAAUAGAAAAACCAUUAUCGAAAAAUCAGAAAUCAAAAGUUUCAUUGGAAUUUUGAUACUGAGUGGUUAUAUUUGUGUACGAAGGAGGAGAAUGUAUUGGGAAAGAGAACGAGAUAGCCAUAAUGAUCUAGUAGCUGAAGCUAUGACCAGGGACAAGUUUGAAUAUAUUAUGACUAAUCUUCAUGUCUCUGAUAAUACGAACGAUGGAAUAGAUCAUCUAGUUAUUCCACAGCCAAAACAAACGAGAUGUAGGCAUUGUCAUGAAAGAACAAUAACUAGAUGUAAAAAGUGCGAUGUUGGUCUACACGCAUAUCUGAAAGUAACGGCUGAACGAGUUCAAAAUUUAAAUGUUUAUGAGCUGUGUACGGACGUUGUCGAAGCCAUAGAAAUCAGGUCGUCCGUGUCCCCCCCUUAUUCACACAAUUCUCCAACUAAAUGA